CAAUCAACAGAAGCGAAGAGGAGAAUCGGGGCGUUCUGAUUGGCUGUCUGCACAUCACGUCGUCUUUUCUGUUUCUAAACGUUUCCUGUCAUCACCUCUCUGAUUCUAGAUAUUUCUAACAAAAUGACAGCGAAUAACAAGGCAUCAGCAGGUUGCCUUUAAAAUGAGAAAAUCUCCUACCUCAUGUAUUAUCAUGGAGUCCUUAUUUAAUUUAGUGGAUGUGAAAUGCCUGAAAGUUUGACUGAGCUCUGCAGGGCUCGGCAGCUCUGAUGCCCGAUCCACACACACUUCUGUUUCCUCAAGGAAUAUCCCAGAAUUCCCUCGGGUAACCUCGCCGCAUGUCGCGCAUCAGGAGCACCCUGGACACCGUUACCAAAGCCGUGAGUGGAACGGUGAACACCGACUUCCUCGCCAAGAUCACACGCCUCAAACCCGGUGCCGCCCAAGGCAAAACUAUAGAGGUUAAAGUGGAAUGUCCCGGGACAGAGGACGGACCUGUCAUGACCAUGGCGGCACCUGAGCCGCCCAGGGAGAAAGAGGUGAAAAAAGAUACAGAACCUCAUAAAGAAGCCCCAAAAUCUGUCAGCAAUUUGUCGAGCAGUGCAGGAAACACAACCAGUGCGGUUGCAAAGCAAACACUGCAACGCUUUCAGCCCGCAGCGUUCACAGCCAACAUGGAUGAAAUGUACAAUCACCUGGCUGAACAUGUCAGUACCUACUUUGGAAGUGACACACAAAAUGACAAAAGGUCACGAGACACGGCAUCCUCGCCAUCUCAGAUCCAACCUAGCACUCUUCCAAACAGUAGCAAGGAUCAUAUCCUACUGGCGGUGCCUGUGUCCCAUAGAUCCACACCAGAAACACCCCCUGCUAUUGACAAGGAUGGCUCUGUCCCAAGUCCACAAGCCCCUUCUGCCCCAGCUCAGGAUGAGGGUGUUUCAACCAUCCCCAUAUCACCAAGGAAAGGCAUCAGUCAUUACCUGUCCUAUCCCAGGCCCAGCAUCCAGGCUUUUGUAGGACACUACAUCGCUCCCCUCGUCCCAAAGUUCAGAGCAGAUUCAAAGAGUGGCACAGUGGAGAAGGACAAAACCUCUGGAUCUGAUCUAGCCACGUCCCAGGAUGCAAAGAGUGCAGAAAGCAAAAAAGAGAAAAAAGAGUUAGACGAGAAAGCACAGAGACUGCUGUCUCAGAGGGAGAAGAUUAUAGCACGUGUUAGUGUGGAUAACCGAACCAGAGCACUGGUCAAGAGUCUUCAGCGAGUCACUGAUGUGAAGAUCACCAUCAGCAGGGUGGAGGAACUGAGCUUCCACCUGCUGGAGUUUCCUGAGACCCGAGGGGUGGCAGCCACUGAGAAGGUCAUCCCGUGUCUGCUGCGUUUGAGGCAGGCAAGAGACGUCAAUCUGCAGGCUGCAGUGAGACAGGCUCUGGCCCUGGUGGGCUACACUGACCCGGUCAAAGGCAGAGGGAUACGUGUCCUCUCCAUCGACGGAGGAGGGACCAGGGGUUUGGUUGCAUUGCAGACUUUGCACCGGCUGGAGAGUUUGACAGGGAAACCCAUCUACCAGCUGUUUGACUACAUAUGUGGUGUUAGUACAGGGUCCAUCCUGGCCUUUAUGCUGGGUGUGUUCCAGAUCCCUCUGGAUGAGUGUGAGGAACUCUAUCGAAAGUUGGGUUCUGAUGUCUUUAAACAGAACUUGAUUGUGGGCACAGUGAAAAUGGGCUGGAGUCACGCAUACUAUGACAGCCAGAUCUGGGAAGAGAUCCUAAAAGAAAGAAUGGGGCCUGAACUAAUGAUUGAGACUUCCAAGAACCCUAAAUGCCCUAAGGUGUCAGCAGUGAGCACCAUAGUGAACAGAGGCCUGCCGCUGAAGGCAUAUGUCUUCAGGAAUUAUAACUUCCUGCCAGGGGUUCGUUCACACUACUUGGGCGGCUGCCAGCAUAAAAUGUGGCAGGCCAUUCGAGCAUCCUCUGCUGCUCCAGGAUACUUCCAGGAAUUUGUACUAGGAAAUGACCUCCACCAGGACGGUGGUCUCUUGAUCAACAACCCUACUGCUCUGGCCAUCCAUGAGAGCAAGUGUUUGUGGCCCAACACACCUGUGCAGUGUGUGGUGUCUCUGGGCACAGGCCGAUAUGAGACCAUAGGCAAGACCAGCUCGAGCACUUAUACCAGCUUGAAGACCAAACUCACCAAUGUCAUCAGCAGCGCCACUGACACUGAAGAGGUCCACACAAUGCUUGACGCCCUCCUCCCCCCGAACACUUAUUUUCGUUUUAACCCUUACAUGAGUGAAGACAUCUCAUUGGACGAAAACAGACAGGAGAGGCUGGACUUCCUGCAGGCCGAGGGUCGGCGCUACCUGGAGCGUAACGAGAAUAAGUUAAAGAAAGUGGCUAGUGUUCUCACUCAAGAAAAGGGCAUCGUUCAGAAACUAGCCGAAUGGGCUCAACUUAAAGCUGACAUGUAUGAUGGCCUUGCUUUUCGCUCCAAACUCUGAAACCCACACUCUAAACCACACUAGCACAACCACUGACCUUCUCCGUUGUCUGUUUAUCAUAUAACAAGGUAAACUGUGCACUACAGUGGAAUUACGUGUUACAUAUGUUGCCAUAUGACAGUUUAAAACAGGGAAUCAAGUCUGUUGCCUCGUAUUGACGAGCACAUAAGAAGAUUGAAAAAGUUUGAUUUUAAGGCUUUAUUCUUAUUGUAAGAACAUCUUGUUUGAAACGAAGAGCCUUGAAAGCAUGAAAUGUUAGUGGCAGCACUGACUAGCUAGCACUUAUAUUUGCUGCUUUUCAUUUGUUGGGAUGUACUAAUGAUAUUUUGAUCGAUUAAUUAACAAUAGAAUAAAGUUGCUGUUGUGUAGUGUCUCUCCUCGAGAAAACCUGUAGUAAUAGUCUUUCUGACGGUACUGUAGUUAGCAUGAGGAAAGCUGCUAAAUGCACAGACUAAAGUAUGUGUAAAUAAUUUUCUACCAAACUUUUUAAUUU